AUGCGUGUCCUUCUUACCCUCAGUUCUUUCAUUGCUGCUGUGCUGGCCACUGCUCGUACAACACCCCCCUCGGGUGCUAUCACGGCUGGGUCCGGAGGAACCUACUCUACCUUCCAAAAAGCCGUUAAUGCUCUUAGCAAGACCACAACCUCCGCCCAAGUCAUUUUCCUCUACUCCGGAACUUACUCGGAACAAGUGACCAUUCCCGCCUUAAAGGGAAAGCUCACCGUCUACGGAUACACCAAGGACACUUCCAGCUACUCAAACAAUGUUGUCAACAUCGUACACAGCUCUUCCCUCUUGAGUGGAGCUGCCAAUGAUGAAGAAACCGGAACCGUCAUUAACUUGUCGGAGAACACCGCUUUCUACAACAUCAACAUCAAGAAUACCUAUGGAAAGGGUUCGCAAGCCAUUGCUUUGGCCGCCUACAACACCGAACAAGGAUACUAUGGUGUUGGUCUUUACGGAUACCAAGAUACCCUCUUGACACAAACCGGUAACCAAGUUUACGCCAAGUGCUACAUUGAGGGAGCCGUUGAUUGGAUCUUUGGCCAACACUCCGUCACUUGGAUUGAUGGCUCUACCAUUGCUGCUUCUGCUGGCGGUGGAUGUAUUACUGCUAACGGACGCGCAACUUCUUCUGACCCAUCUUUCUACGUUAUCAACAAGUGCACUGUUACUACCAGUUCCUCCUCGACUGCUGGUUCGGGAACUGUUUAUCUCGGUCGUCCAUGGACUGAGUAUGCUCGUGUUGCUUACCAAGAAACUUCCCUCGGCAGCAUUAUUCAGAAAGCCGGAUGGUCCCAAUGGUCUACCAGCGAUCCAAGAACUGGUGCUGUUCUCUUUGAGGAGUAUGACAACUCUGGGCCCGGUGCUUCAGGUACUCGUGCUAGCUUUUCAAAGAAGUACAGUACUGCCUACACCAUCGCUGGUGUUUUAGGAAGCUCCUACUCCAAAUGGGUUGACACCUCUUACCUUUCUUAA